AAUAUGCCUCGUUACGAUGAUCGGUAUGGUAGUGCGACCCGUCUCUAUGUGGGUCAUUUGUCUUCUCGUACCCGUUCUCGUGAUUUGGAGCGCUUGUUCUGCAAAUACGGGAGGAUUCUACGCAUUUGCUUGGCCUGAAGGUCAGUGUUGAGAGGGUGGCCUUGGUGGAAUUGAUGGAAAAACACUCCGAGUUUUAGGAGAGAUUGUUGAUUCUUUCUGUGUUGUCUUUGCCUGUUUUUAUGGAAUUGGGAACAAUCAAACUGGUGUUUAGUUCGUCUUGAUGGGCAAAUGCCAUCCACUUCUGUGCUUAAGUAAUGAUGGCCUUAUUGUUUCUGGCAACCAUUUCCGCAGAGUACGAGAUGUGGACAUGAAGCGUGACUAUGCCUUCAUUGAUUUUAGUGACCCUCGGGAUGCUGAUGAUGCAAGACGUUAUUAUGAUGGGCGUGAAGUUGAUGGACGCCGUAUAAUUGUGGAAUUUGCUAAGGGAGUGCCACGGGGUCCAGGUGGUUCCCGAGAUUAUCUUGGUCGUGGGCCCCCUCCUGGUUCAGGUCGUUGCUUCAACUGUGGAAUUGAAGGUCAUUGGGCCCGUGAUUGCAAAGCUGGUGAUUGGAAAAACAAGUGCUAUAGGUGUGGAGAAAGAGGUCAUAUAGAAAAGAAAUGUCCAAAUAGUCCACAGAAGCUCAAACGUGGAAGGAGUUUCUCAAGGACACCUGAGAGAUCACGUUCUCCUCCCCGUGGCCGGAGGCAUAGUCGAAGUUACAGCCCAAGCCGCAGCUAUAGCCGGUCAAGAUCGCCUGCAACGGCUGCAAGGAGAGAACAAGUUGAGCACGAGAGAAGAUCCAGGAGCCCUGCAAUCAGCAGAAGCCCCGAGCGAAGAAGUGCUACUCCCUCUAAAACACAGAAGCGCAGCCCAAACCCCAUUGAGGCCAGCCCCCCAAGCCGGAGGGAAGAGAGUCCUUCUAAGAGGGGAAAGGUGAUGACAGACCAAGAUGGCUAUGACAGAAGCCCUCCUUCUAAGAGGGCAAAGGCAAUGACAGAACAAGAUGGCUAUGACAGAAGUCCUCCUUCUAAGAGGGCAAAGGCAAUGACAGAACAAGAUGACUAUGACAGAAGCCCUCCUUCUAAGAGGGAAAAGGUGAUGACAGAAGAAGAUGGCUAUGGCAGAAGCCCUAAGGGGAAAAGAAGCCAUAGUCCUUCUAAGAGGGAAAAGGUGAUGACAGAAGAAGAUGGCUAUGACAGAAGCCCUAAGGGGAAACGAAGCCAUAUUCCUUCUAAGAGGGAAAAGGUGAUGACAGAAGAAGAUGGCUAUGACAGAAGCCCUAAGGGGAAAAGAAGCCAUAGUCCUUCGAGCCCUGAAAGAGGGAGCAUAGCUCCUAGGAAGUAUGAUGAGAGCCCUUUCGAAGCUAAUGGUCGCAGUGGCAGCAGCCCAAGUCCAAGGUAUGAAAGGAGCCCUGCUGAUGACCGGGAUGAUAAUUAGCUAUCGCAAUAGGCAGCCUGUUCCCAUUGUUUGAAGUCAGAAUGAUCAAUAUCUUUAUGGGAGAGAAACUUUUGUCCUUAACAAUGCAUUUAUUUCUUUUACAAUUUCUCUGGUCUUUAGACCUUGUGAACACUAUGUUAUGAAAUGUACUGCAGGCAGUUAAGACUUCAUUGACCCAUA